AUGAACUUCUUGCGCAGGAGAAAGCAGAGCAGCGAAGACGACGACCUCGUUGACUCAGCGCUGGCGUCCACGUCUCAAGUGCACAAGUCCAGAAAACCGCCCAACACGGCGUUCCGCCAGCAAAGAUUGAAAGCGUGGCAGCCUAUUCUCACCCCGAAGACAGUGAUCCCGUUCUUGUUUUUGCUAGCGGUGGUUUUUGCUCCCUUGGGGAUAGUCAUAAUAUAUGCUACAUAUAACGUGCAAAAACUCGAGGUGGACUAUUCGAAAUGUGGAGAAGAAGCGAGCGACUCUUUCCAGCUGAUCCCUUCCAAAUACACGCUGUACCACUUCCAGGGCACCAGCGAUAAUCCAGAUUUCAAAUGGAAGCUUCAAAAAGGUACAGAUGCUCAGGGUGACGAGAGUCAAACAUGUGUUGUACAGUUUAACUUGCCUAAGGACAUCGACCCUCCUAUCUACCUAUACUAUAAGCUCACGAAUUUCUAUCAAAACCACAGAAAGUACGUGGAGUCGUACGACGUGAAACAACUCCGUGGCGAGGCCCUCAAACCUGACGAUUUGGAUUCUCACUGUAAGCCUUUGCGUCUGCAAACGGUGGAUGGGGUCGAGAAGGCUGUUUAUCCGUGCGGAUUGAUUGCGAACUCAUAUUUCAAUGACACGUUCUCCAGUCCUGUGUUGCUCAACCUGAAGAGUGGCAGCGAUAACGAAACAUAUAUUCUAUCUGAAGAGGGCAUUACCUGGCCUUCGGAUAAGAGCCACAAGUUCAAGAAGACAUCAUACAGUCAUACCGACAUUGUGCCACCACCAAACUGGGCAAAAAUGUUUCCUGACGGUUAUAAUGAAACAAAUGUGCCUAACGUGCACGAAUGGGAGCAUUUGCACAAUUGGAUGAGAACGGCUGGAUUACCCGAGUUCUUGAAGUUGUACUCCAAGAACACCACAGAAAAGAUCUCCUCCGGUACCUACGAAAUGAAUAUAGGCAUGAACUAUCCAGUCACCAUUUUUGGAGGAACGAAAUCGUUGGUAAUAAGCACGAACUCUGUGCUUGGCGGCAGGAACUUGAGUCUAGGUGUGAUUUACAUCAUUGUUGCAGUGAUAUCGUUGGUAUGCGCAAUUGCUUUCUUCCUUCAACACUUGAUCAAGCCACGCAAGGUCGGUGACCAUAACUUCUUGCAGCAAGAUGGUGGUGCUUUUAGAGACGGUCAGCCUAUCGCUUUCAGAGAACAACUAUAG